AUCCCAUCCCAGACCGAAUCGCAAUGCUCGACCAUCUGCUUCGACCUGUUCAUCGUCAACGGAUACCCACACACACUUCGAGAGCUGAAUAGCCAAAAGGUCCCUUCUGCUUCUUCCUGAUAAUCAACGCUCGGCACGUCAAGCUUGGAGCCAGUCUACAGGAAACCUCUCGACCUACCACUCUCUAAAACUCUCACAGCGACACCCACCUCACCACCAUGGCUCCCGUUACCACCUCUAACAGCAAGCUCCCUGCCGAGGUCCAGGCCAUCGAAAAGUUCUUCUACUUGACUCCCGAGCGUCUCAACGAGAUUGUCAAGGGUUUCAGGACCGAAUUCGAGGAUGGUCUCCAGAACUUUGGACGGGACACUGCCAUGAUUCCCAGCUACUGUCUGAACGUACCCAACGGUAGCGAAGUCGGCACCUUCUUGGCUCUCGACCUUGGUGGUACCAACUUGCGAGUCUGCGAGGUCACUCUCGAAGGCAAGAACAACUUUAACGUGCAGCAGCGCAAGUACAAGAUUACCGAUGAGCUCAAACAAGGCGAGGCACGAGCUUUGUUUGACUACAUUGCCGAUUCGGUCGACUCUUUCUUGACUGAUAUCGGUACCGAGAUGGAUGAGAAUGAGAAGAUCCACCUUGGUUUCACUUUCAGUUUCCCCGUCGAGCAGACCGCCUUGAACAAGGGAAAGCUCCUCACCUGGACCAAGGGAUUCGCUUGCAAGAACGCCAUCGGCCACGACGUCGUCAAGCUCCUGCAAGACGCUCUCGACCGCAAGCACGUCCACGUCAGGUGUUCCGCUCUCGUUAACGACACGGUCGGAACCCUCUUGUCCCGAUCUUACCAAUCCGGUCCCGCUCUUAUCGGUGCCAUCUUUGGUACCGGAACCAACGGUGCCUACAUUGACAGGGUGGAGACGAUCACCAAGUUGGGAGAAACCGCUAUUACCGAGAGCAAGAAGGGAGGAAAAGAUGCCGGAGAGUACAUGGUCGUCAACACCGAAUGGGGUGCGAUUGACAACCAGCGAAAAGUUCUCCCCGUCUCGAUGUUCGACAACAAGCUCGACCGAGAGUCUAUCAACCCCCGAAAGCAAGCAUUCGAGAAGAUGGUCUCGGGAAUGUACCUCGGAGAGAUCGUUCGAAACAUCCUCCUCUACCUGGUCGACAACCUGCUAUUGUUCAGCGGAUACUCUAGCCCCAUCCUCAACACCCAUUACGGAUUCGACACUGCCUUUGUUUCGGCCAUCGAGGCCGCCAAGAGCGCUCAAGAGGUCAAAUCGGCCAUCUUCCGCGAAUUGAACAUUCCCGAAAACAACAUUAGCGAGCAGGAUGUCGAACUCGUACAGUGGGCAUGCCAGGCAGUAUCGACGAGGGCCGCCGCUCUCUCUGCCUGUGCCGUUGCGGCUGUUGUCUUGCACACCAAGGCACUCGACAAGUCGGACCCUAUUGAUGUCGGUAUGGACGGAAGCGUAGCCGAGUUCUUGCCCUUCUUCGAGGAGCGUGUGCGAGCCGCCCUGCGGGACACUAUCGGACAGGAUGCCGAGCAGCGGGUGACGUUUGGUCUUGCCAAGGACGGUAGUGGAGUCGGAGCUGCCCUUUGUGCCUUGCAGGCAUACAAGGCCGAGAAGCAGGGUCUCCACCCAGAAGUAAAGAAGAUGGACGCUACCGUACCCGGACUUGCAGACCUAUGAUCUUGUAGCAGACUAAGCAGUGUACAGCAUUGUCGAUCGCACGGACAGAGUAGAACGAAAAACAGCCUCUUGCCUAUGAUCCCCCGUCGCGUCGCUUGCUUCACAAACAAAACAGAAGAAGCCGACGCGCCGAGGUCGAGGACUCUCUCGGUCGUUGAAGCAAUUUCCACCUCGCAUCAUCAUCCA